AUGUCCAACAACGUGGGGCCGCUGUACUCGUCCAUUAUCGAGACGGUGCUUCAAGAAGCGACGAGAGAGUUUGAAGAGCACGGUGAGGAUGUCAGUGUGCUGCGGUUGCUGCGCACUGCUUGGCAAAAACGCCUGUCGGAGAUGCACAUCACAGACAGCCUGCCCUGGAACUAUGAGGCACCUGCCGCAGCUAGCAAUGUUCCGUCGAUGUUUCCAGGAAUUGACAUGUCCACGAAGCCGCAACAGUUUGCAAUGUAUCCGGGUAUGAGUGGUGUGGGUGCUAAUGGACUGGACGGAGCAGCACCGUUGCUUGAUGCAGCCGCCCCGCCCAUGUCUAAUUACGUUAAAAAGGAAGAGAUUUACGGAAACCCUGCGGCGCUGCGGGCAGCUCAGCAGGUUCAGGCGUACGGUUCGAGUCUGCCCGGUGUCGACCAGAGUGUUUUGGGGCUCAUGAACCGGGCCGGAGAGGACCACGACAACGACAAGAACGGACUAGUACUGCCAGGCAACAUUCCGCAAACAGAUGGGCUUGCAGAAGAUCCCGAGGACGUCCGGACGACAAUUGGCAAGAUCAUGGCCCGUCAUAUGGUCGACGGCGAUGUCAACGACGGCGACGACGGCGACGAUCUGGCUGGGUUGAGCGACGAAGAAGUCAACAGCGACUUGGACGACAGCGAAGACGAAUACAACAGCGACAACGACGUCGAGGACCCUAGUCUGGGGGUUAUGUUGUGUUUGUACGACCGGGUGCAGCGUGUCAAGAACAAGUGGAAGUACGUGCUCAAGGACGGCGUUGCAACGGUAAACAACACAGACUAUAUAUUCAACAAAGCGACCGGAGAGUCGGAGUGGUAA